AUGUAUACCUUUGUGUUUCUAUGGACCCCUGCAUUGAGUCCAAAUGAUGAAGAGAUUCCCCAUGGUUUUAUUUUUGCAACAUUCAUGUUAUCGUCAAUGUUGGGAAGCUCACUUGCAUCUAAGUUGAUGGCUCGUUCAUCAUUCCGUGUAGAGAGCUACAUGCAGAUUGUUUUUGUAGUUUCUUCUGCUUCUCUAAUGCUUCCCAUUCUUACAACCUUUUUCUCACUUCCUACCAAAGCAACAGGUGGCGGUCUCUCAAUCAUCGGGUGCAUUCAGCUUCUCGACUUCUGUACUUUUGAAAGUUGUGUUGGCAUAUUCUGGCCAUCCAUUAUGAAGAUAAGAUCCCAAUACAUUCCUGAAGAAGCCAGGAGCACCAUCAUGAACUUUUUCAGCAUUCCUCUGAACAUUUUUGUUUGUGUUGUGCUGUACAAUGUCGAUGCAUUCCCUAUCACUAUUAUGUUUGGCAUGUGCUCAAUUUUCCUCUUCAUGGCUAGUAUCUUACAAAGGCGACUGUUGGUGAUUGCAGAUAAGCCAAAAACAGAAGAUUGGCAAUUGAAGGAAAGGGACGCGGAGUCAGAGCCACUGAACCUGUAA